GUUUACUGUUUACACAGGUGCAACAAAAAGGCGCGCUGUUGACGAUUAAUAAAUAUUUUGCUUUUUUUCUUGUGAAAUUGAUUUUUUUUAAAUUUAUUAAAAUUUUUCCAAUAAUGAUCGUAAUUUAAACUGAUAGUAAUGAUUUGAUAUUCAGUGGAGUAUUGAAUUCUAACCUCAAAGUUUGUGAUUUAUAAUGUGGCCAAUCCAAUAUGUGGAGUUGAAGCUUAUUGAUGAGUUUUUACAAUGUGGAAUAUGUUAUGAAUACAUGGAUACUAGUGUGAUGACUUUGUGCUCUCACAAUUAUUGUUCCCUCUGUAUUAGAAAGUAUCUGCAUUAUAAGACACAAUGUCCAAUUUGCUUGGAAGAAACAUUCGAAAAAGAUUUAAGAAAGAAUAAGAUUUUGGAUGAAAUUAUCUCUCAAUAUUUGAAUGUUAAAGAAAAACUCUUGAAGAAAUUUCAUCUUGAAGAGACACUAAAAGUGAAAGAUAAAAACUUUGAGGAAAAAGAGACUGGAAAUGUGUGCUCCUUAAAUAAUUCAGAAUAUAAGAAGAAACAAGAUGUUUUUGAUACAAGCAAGAUAUUGCAUAAAAGUUCUGAUAGCCCAGUACAUAAGAAUAGUAAUAUUACACCUCAUGGAAAAAAGGAUUAUCAGGAUGUAUCCACUCCUAGCACUAGUACAGAACGUAGGAUACCUCUAAUGUUUACACCAAAGAGUACGAAAGGUUUUCCAAAUGAUGAAAACUGUCAAAUAGUAACAUGUCCAGUGUGCAAAGUAGAUGUGUCCCAAAAUAAUAUAAAUAAACAUUUGGAUCAGUGUUUAAAAAGGGAAAAUGCAAAAGAUCAGCCUAAAAAAAGUGAGUCAAAGCGUAAACCCUUGCCAAAGUUAGUGCUAAAUUUAAUGAAAGAUAAUGCCAUAAAGAAAAAACUUAAAGAAUUAGGCUUAUCAUCUCAAGGAGAUCGAAAAGUAUUAGAAAGCAGAUUGCAAAGAUAUAUUAUUCUUUAUAAUGCAGAAUGUGACAAAAUAAAUCCAAGGCCUAUAUCAGAAUUAAUUAGACAAUUUGAAGAAGAAGAGAAUUUGGAAAAGAAAGUACAAAAACCAUCAAAUAGAUUGAAUGUCAACCGAAAUACGGAACAGAAUGUUAUAGAACAACAAAGAAAAAAAUAUUUGGCUGUAAAUAAAGAUAGCUUUGACCAUUUAAUUGCAAAAAUAAAACAUGCCGAUAGUCCGCAAAAAUUAUCUGUCAGGCGCAAGAUAUUUAGCAAAGAAAAUCCUGAUGAUUCACAUGAAAGUCAUAUUACAGAAAACGAUUCGACUAUUAGAGAUAACGAAAAAAGUAAUUUCUUAUCACCGAAUUCUGCCAAUCCUUAUAUUGAAGAUUCAGAUUCGAAUGCAACUUGUCCUCUACAAAUAUAUUCUAGCACAGAUCCUAUGAAAUUUUUGACAGUAGAAUUGGCUUCUUCAUCUAAUGAUUCUACCGAGCAAUCUGCUUUCAUUCAAGAGACUCCAAAGCGUCGACGUAAAACCAAUCCAGUUUCAUUCAAUUUUAUUGUAAAGACAGAAGAAUCUCUCGAAAAUACUUUAAUACAUGAAAAGAUAAUUUCUAGUAACUCAAGAGAGUGUAACUUUUCGGAGGACAGAAUGGAUACUGAUACUAUAGAAUCAGUUUCCAAGUAUACUAGAAUAGAAUUGGAGAAUAGAGAGCGACAAGUCAAUUCAUCCGCGGAAAACAGCAGAAGUGGCUUGAAGUAUAGUCCAGAGAAAUAUAUUGGAGAUUCCGAAUCUAGAGAUAGUUCGCAAAGGGAAUUAUGCAAUAAAGAUACAGAUUCAAUUGUACAAGACAUCGAGAGUUUCGUAGGAGACAAUGAAAGUGCUGAAGAUGAUCAUAAUUUAGUUGUUACAGAGAGAUUAAAGCAGGAGCAAUUACAUGACGCGAAAAAGGAAUAUGUGUCCGAUUGCACAAAAUUUGAGAAAGAAAAUGUGGAAUCACUGGAUGAAACUAUAAAAGUUUUUCGAAAACGAGAGCGUGAAGUGACGUUUAUAUCAAGUGACGAGGAAAAAGCUGAAGAGAAAUCGAUGAAUACCAGAAAAUCACUUAGACUUGGCCUUACCGAAGCUAAGGGAUUCAACAAUGGAAAUAUCUAUGAGAAAACGAGGAAUGAAGAAAAUUCGCAAAGUAAAAAGAAGCAGACUCGUGGGACAUGUGCGAAGAGUACACGAAAUUGUACAAAGAAAUCUGUUAGAUUGAGAAAUAAAAUGUCUUAGAUUAAGAAGUGAAAUUGGUGUCAGAAACAUUAGUUGAAAAUUAAAAUAGUUGAAUCAUGGAAUAAAAAAAUUUUUAUAUAUUUUGUUGUGAACGCUAAUAAGGAAUAUUUCUUCUGCAUUAUUGAUCAAUGACUAUAGUUUUUCAUAUUUGAUUGUUGUAUUAUGUACAUACAUUUUCAUAAUUAUAUAAAUGUAUAUGCACACGGUGCC